ACUACAGGCUGCGGGAGCUAAGCGGAGUAUGUGCAGCGGCUCUGGGAAAAAGCUUGUAGAGUUUGGACUGAGAGCAGCCGGGCAACUCAAGCUCCUGUUGUAGCUCCUGCAACUUGUUUACUUGCCGGUGAUUGUCGCUGAAUAUUUUACUGUUCACUCCAGGUAAUGGACUAUUAGAGAGACUUUCAACAGAGCCUCCCGAGCAACUUCAAAGCGAGUCUAAACCGCCGCUGUCCUCACAUCACCCACAGCCUCCGCAGAAGCAGCGACCAUGGGCAAACAGAACAGCAAGCUCCGUCCCGACGUCAUGCAGGACCUGAUGGACAACACGGACUUCACCGAGCACGAGAUCACCGAGUGGUACAAGGGCUUCUUGAGGGACUGCCCCAGCGGAGCGCUCUCCAUGGAGGAGUUCAAGAAGAUCUACGCUAACUUCUUCCCGUACGGAGACGCCUCCAAGUUCGCCGAGCACGUCUUCCGCACGUUUGACGCCAACGGAGAUGGGACUAUAGAUUUCAGGGAGUUCAUCAUCGCCCUGAGCGUGACCUCUCGCGGUCGUCUAGACCAGAAGCUGAAGUGGGCGUUCAGCAUGUAUGACCUGGACGGGAACGGAUACAUUAGCAAGGCAGAGAUGCUGGAAAUUGUAUCGGCUAUUUACAAGAUGGUUUCCUCUGUGAUGAAGAUGCCUGAGGAUGAGUCAACACCUGAAAAACGCACAGAUAAAAUCUUCAGGCAGAUGGACACAAAUAGAGAUGGUAAACUGUCCCUGGAGGAGUUUGUGGAGGGAGCGAAGAGCGACCCGUCCAUCGUGCGGCUGCUUCAGUGUGAUCCCAGCAGUGCUGGGCAGUAGAAAACUGGACUCUUUUUCCUCAUUGCAGUUUGAUUAAUUGAACAAAUCUUCAAAAAGAAAUCCUUUCCUGCUGACCCACCUGAGAUUAUUGACAUUUGAUCACUUGAGCCAUAGAGGCACAUGCACACACACAUUUACAUUAUACUUAAAUAUAGACAUCAUGCAACUGUACAUGCUACAAAUACCACAUAUAAUCUUUCAGACACCCAGAAGCACAUACUGUACAUGUGCCUCUAUGUCUGAUGGAAAUCUCCAGACAACACGGGUCUUGUAUACGGUACAAAUAUAACCCAAAGGACUGAAAUCUCAUCAAAGACUUGUUAAACACUGAAUCAAAGCUGUGCUGUCUCUGCCUGAGGAGGGCAGCCAACAUGGAUCAUCCAACAGAUCUGUGAGGUACACAGAGCCGAAUCCAAGUUCGCUGUUACUUUUUAUUCUUUUGUUUCAUUAAUGUUUGUUUGUUUUGUUUUUUAAAGCAGUAUUCCUUAUUUAGAGGAAAUUAUGCUCAUUUUUUGUUUUGUUUUUACUGACUCGGGUUGUUGUGUAAAGACAGACAGAUCUUUGCAGAGCAUUGCAGUCACACUCCGUCUGCACUGAAUGAAAUGAAGUAUGUGAGUCUUGGACAAGUGUUCACAGCCUACAGUAUGGCUCAUAUAAAAAGCAAAUCUGGGAAAUGUAGUUUUUAACCUUUGAAGACAUAAUUUUUUUAUGUGCUUUUUGGGGGGAUGUUUCAUCAAACCCAAACUGACUUAGAUAUCUUGGAGGGGAUUACAUGCAUUUGUUCUUUCAAAAGUGACUUUUCAUGCCAAGUUCUGUGUCCACAUACACACAAAUUCACACACACAGACAUUUAACCUUUUAUUGUUAGUGAUGAACACAUGAACUUGACAUAUGAAUAUAAACCGAGCUGUGAUUCUUUUUUUCUUCAACUUUGAUUUAAGAAGCGUAUCAGUAAAAAAAAAAGAAGUUAGAUCUCAUAUGAAUAUAUAGAAUGUACUUAUAUAUUCUUUUACUCUGUGAUAACAUUGUGGCAAUUUGUCACAGUCGAAGAUUUGAUUUAAAAUUUUGACUUCUAAAUUAUUGGAAUGUGAUGAUAAACAUUUUAUUUUCUUUUACUUGACAAAUAUGAUAUGAAAGAAAAAUGUAUAUUCACUCAUAUUUAUGCUAGAGAGGUAAAAAAAAGAAAAGAAAAGGAGACGACCACACAUAUUGCUAUUCCUUUUUUCAUCUUCAGAGAUAAAUUAUGUACAGAUCUCUUUUGAUACCAAGCCACAAAACAUUAGGAGUCCUAACGUUUUUCCUGUUUAGAGUGCUGCAAGGAUGAAGUUUUGUGUAGGCUUGCCGAUAAGUUAGCAUUGCUCUACCUCCCUUGACUCAAAGUCAGUGGUCAUUUUCUUUUUCAAUGGAUUAUUCAGAAAACAGGUUCUCUGGUUUGUUCUAGGAAAUAAGUUUCAGUAACAUUUAAGGUUUUAAGACUUUAUUUCUUGCGAGAACAAAAAGCUUUCCCCUCUCCUACAUCAGGCUUCUAACUUCUAACGAAACGUAGCUUGAAACAUUUAAUUUCCACGACAACCUCUGUAGUCUCAUUAAGAUGAUGGCUAGCAAACAUCUAUACUAAAAUGCAAGUAAAAGCUUCGCAACUAGUAGUUUUAAGCUUUAGCAGUCAUUGAAGUUAAACAGUUAUAAAAACCCACUGACUUUGGGAUGAGGGAACCAGAAGUGCAAAAAUGCUAAUUUCCAGGUUUUAAGUCAUUCCCUUCAGCACUCUAAAGUUAACAGAAAGAAAUCAGUGCAAGUGUCAUUAAAGUGCAAUGUUAACAUCUGUGACUUUAUACUUUCAUGCAUGUCGACGUCAAAUAUAACUGUAAGAGUAAAGCUCUUUGAGUGCUGCUGUGACUGGAGAUUACUGAUACUUAACUGUCAGAACAAAGCACUGACCUUGGUACUGAGUUACAGCAGCGUCCACAGAACCUCAUUGUGUUUUUGCAGGAUUUACUGACAGCUUCCAGUCUGCGUUCUUUUGACCUGCUUUGCCCUGCUGGUCUGAAGACCUCAUAAUAUUACACAGCUAUCUCCACAGGCAGAUGUACGACAAGCUUGGAGAGAAAAGCACUGAUGCUUCAAUUCUCUGGGCUUCUUCUUACGCAUAUUCUACAGAGUAGGUGAUCUGGUACUUCAGUCCCACAUUUCACUUCAAUAGCAUCUUGUGGUCAAGUGCCAAAUAUAGAUACAUCAACUAAAAUAAAACAGUAUUGUAUCCAUUUAUACUGUACAGUUGUUACUUGUCGAACAAAAAAUAACUUUAUCACUGUAUCAUUUUGUAGAUUUUGUAUUGUUAACUUGCAUUAUGUGUUCUGUGUAGGAGGUCCAUUUUGUUAUUCAAAUAAAGCAACAUGGAGAAAUG